AUGGGGAUCAAGAUUUAUGGUAGCGCUUCCUCCUGCGCCACCCUCCGCGUAGUGGCUGCUGCUCACGAAAAGGAGGUUGAUUUUGAGUUUGUUCACGUCGAUAUGACAUCUGGUGCUCAUAAACAACACCCUUAUCUCUCCCUUAAUGUAAGCUUGUCACCGUAUUGUCAUCAACUUAUUGUCAUCAACCCGUUUUCUUUGUUUAACCCGUCAUCAACGGACAUGACUAUAGUCGAGGAGAAUGAGGCUAAGUUAGCUAAGGUCCUUGAUGUGUACGAGGCUCGUUUAGGUGUGUCUAAGUACUUAGGUGGUGAAACCUUCACCUUGGCUGAUCUUCAUCACUUGCCUCAAUUGCAUAUACUAAUGGACACCCAAGUCAAGAAGGUUUUCGACGAGCGCUCCCAUUUUAGUGCUUGGUGCAAGGAUAUCUUGGCUAGGCCUGCUUGGGAGAAGACUAUGGCUUUGCUGAACCAAGCUUAA